ACACCACAAACUUCCUCUUUUUCUUGCAAAUCCUCCAACACAACAAAGAUCUCUUUCAAAACCCCAUAAUCCACAAUGUCUAUCCGCGCCGAGGAAGAUUUCGACAACUUCGAGGACUACCUCUACCAUAUGGCCGGCGGCGACGCCGAGCAAGCCAACGACGCCAGCGGCUCCGAAGCAGGAUCUUCGCAGUCCGCAACCAUGCGCUCCCCACCCGAAGAAAGGGAUUCCGACAACGAAAUGAACGUCUCUUCGUCCUACCCCCCUCCCUCUUCCCCUUCCUACGAAAGCAGCGGAGAAGAAAUGAACAUGGGGGCUUUCGGUCCCACGUACCAAUCCUCAAGCGAUGAGAAUUCCGAGGAACUCAGCGACGCGCUUUCAGACCAUGAAGAGCUCGGAAAUGGAGAAGUCGAAAUGGCAGACGUGGAAUCGUCUCCAGACGAUAACCAGGUAGCGCAGAAUAUACCAUUGCGUGAACCCUCUCCAGCAGAUUCUCCUGCUGACACCGGAGAAAUCAAGAUGCGGGACGCGGAUCCGGCUCCAGAGCCGCACCAGGAGAAAUCUAUUGAGCCGGUUUCUCAGGGAGAGGGAAACGAGCACACCACCACUACCACCAUGAAAGAAGAGGAAGAGGAAGUCACAGAGAUGCAGGCAUCUCCUUCACCCCUAUCUCCUCAGCCAUCUCCACCGCCCCCAGCCGCCCCCAUCCCACGCGACACUCCCGCUUCCUCGCCCUCGGCAUCCACCGAGCAGCACCAGCUUCCAGCCCCCAAACCCAAAUCCACUCAAGAAGCCCACUCCCCAGCACCUGUGGCCAGCGAAGCCAUUCCGCCUCCGACACCAUCAUCAUCACCAUCCGCCGAUAGCGCGCGGAUCCGAACGCUCCUCUCUUCUCUCGCUCUCUUGAACGAAAAGAGCAAGGCGUUAUUUUCGAGGCUGAAUGUUCUGCAUGCGAAGAUUGAGGCGUUGUAGUCUGUU